AUGGCGGCAAAUAUCGAUGGAGUUGGAGGCGCUGGCAACGUGAGCACUGAGAAUGGACCAAUACUGACUACGGAAGAGCAAGAUGAUCAUGCUAGUAUUCACGGACAGUCACCGAACAUCAACAAAGCCUUACAGAGACACAUAUCACUAGGGAAGCGAGCGCCAACAAAACCUAUCCAGGAAAGGACCUGGAAAUUUUACUUAUAUGGACUAUAUUCGUAUGAGAAUCUUCUCAGUCAACCAAAUCAGUGCAUCCGAUCACAACGAGGGUAUACAAAGCGCGAAGGGCUUUUUUCUUCUGUCGAGAUCACACAGGGAGGCGACUUUCCGUAUCCAGCUAAAUACCGACAAUCAGCAAAUUGGGAUGGAGGGCACGAUGUCGAGACAGGGGGUGCUAACCCAUCAGCCAGACACUUGCCCCGAGGAAAUGCGUACCUGGGAGAGAAGCCGAUGAAAUUCCAAACUCGCCUGUUUGGCAUAUCUCGGGAAUCUCUCACCGUUACGAUAGCCCGAGCCUUACCGAUCUAUGUGGUUUUAGGCGUCUUCCCCAGCGGCCAACCCAACCCAGUCGAAAGGGUUAUGUUCUGCCAUGAGCCAAAACAAUUGUUCCGAGAGCUUAAGAAAGAAAUUCUUCGCCUACGCGGUUUCUGGAAGACCCUUUUUUCUCUCAGACAUGUUAAAAGCUUUCGGCUUUACAAAUGUAAUGCGCAAGACGGGACUCAUGAGCGUGUCGAACUUGAUAAUAAUGGUGCUGCGGACUUGCAAUUGCUCCUGCAUGCGUACAAAAAAUGGCGGGUCCCUGAGCACAUCGCAGUUGCCUGGGGGGACUGGAUUCACGAGGAACUCAACAGCGACUCACAUGACGUACUCAAGGGGAAAUUCUCACUUGAACUUGUGCUGGGCUGGUCCGUCUCCAGGAUUGCCGUCGUGAUUCUCAUACCAGUUGUGCUAAGCCUCGCCAUCGGACUCUGGUUCAACUCAAAGGGCUGGACGGACCCAACAACCAUUCAGACCGCUUGGUCUAUCGCAUCCUACAUUGUGACAGCAGGAGGUUUCGUUGCUGCUUUACUUGGUAUUAUGAGCAGUCUUGCCGAUAAAUAG